UAUCAUUGGAGUUGUGUCUUUUCAAUACUUUUGUCAUGUCUAUAAAUAGAAGCAAAAUCAUGCAUCAGUAAUUGUAAAUCAAGGACUUUUUCUAGAUCUCGCAUUGCAGUUGAAGGUUGUUAACCUCCAUCUUCAGCUACUUCCAUCACAACUAUGGCUCCAGGAAUAGCACAAGAGCGUGAGAUUCAAAAGAGUUAUUGGAUCGAGCAAUCUGCUGGACUUAAAUUGGAGGCAAUGAUGCAUGUGCAUGAUUGUGAUGCAUCUGAUCUUGAUAAAGAGGAUAGGCAUGAGGUGCUUUCAUUGCUUCCGUCAUAUGAAGGGAAAUCCGUGUUGGAAUUGGGUGCUGGUAUUGGUCGUUUCACAGGAGACUUGGCCGAGAAGGCUGGGGAGCUUGUAGCAGUGGACUUUAUUGAAGGAGUUAUUAAGGAGAAUGAAAGCAUCAACGGGCACCACAAGAAUGUCAAGUUUAUGUGUGCUGAUGUGACUUCACCAGAUUUGACGUUUUCACCUGAAUCUGUGGACUUGAUAUUCUCUAACUGGCUACUGAUGUAUCUUUCUGAUGAAGAGGUGCAAGACCUUGCAGAGAGAAUGAUGACAUGGUUGAAAGUUGGGGGCUAUAUAUUUUUUAGAGAGACAUGCUUCCAUCAGUCAGGAGACAACAAGGGAAAGAACAACCCAACUCGCUAUCGGGAACCUAGAUUCUAUACAAAGGUUUUCCAAGAAUGUAAUGCUGGAAAAUCAUAUGAACUUUCUCUCAUCGGUGAUAAGUGUAUUGAAACUUAUAUAAGAAACAAAAGGAAUCAAAAUGAGAUUUGCUGGAUAUGGCAGAAGGUUCGUUCUGAGGAUGACAAGGGAUUCCCGCAUUUCUUGGACACUGUUCAGUACAAGUCUAAUGGCAUAACAGGAGGAAUUGGACAAGAGCGUGAGAUUCAAAAGAGUUAUUGGAUCGAGCAAACUGCUGGACUUAAAUUGGCGGCAAUGAUGCAUGUGCAUGAUCUUGAAGCAUCUGAUCUUGAUAAAGAGGAUAGGCAUGAGGUGCUUUCACUGCUCCCGUCAUAUGAAGGGAAAUUCGUGUUGGAAUUGGGUGCUGGUAUUGGUCGUUUAACAGGAGAUUUAGCCGAGAAGGCUUGGGAGCUCGUAGCAGUGGACUUUAUUGAACGAGUGAUUAAGGAGAAUGAAAGCAUCAACGGGCAUCACAAGAAUGUCAAGUUUAUGUGUGCUGAUGUGACUUCACCAGAUUUAACGUUUUCACCUGAAUCUGUGGACUUGAUAUUCUCUAACUGGCUACUGAUGUAUCUUUCUGAUGAAGAGGUGCAGGACCUUGCGGAGAGAAUGAUAACAUGGUUGAAAGUUGGUGGAUAUAUAUUUUUUAGAGAGACAUGCUUUCACCAGUCCGGAGACAACAAGGGAAAGAACAACCCAACUCAUUAUCGGGAACCUAGAUUCUAUACAAAGGUUUUCCAAGAAUGUAAUGCUGGAAAAUCAUAUGAACUUUCUCUUGUCGGUUAUAAGAGCAUGGAAACUUAUGUAAGAAACAAAAGGAAUCAAAAUGAGAUUUGCUGGAUAUGGCAGAAGGUUCCUUCUGAAAAUGACAGGGAAUUCCAACAUUUCUUGGACUAUGGUGCUGUUUGAACAACUUCUUCAAGAAAAUAAAAUGUACUAUGGUAUGGUACUGGUUUGUCAUGUUUCAUAAUGUAACAUACUGUAUGGUAUGCUAUUGUAUAUAAUGUAACGUACUGUAUGGUAUGGUAUUGUAUAUAAUAUAACGUACUGUAUGGUAUGGUAUUGUACAUAAUGUAAGGUAUUGUAUGAUAUGGUAUGGUAUUAUAUUGUAUCGUACAAUAUAAUGUUUGGUCGGACUGUAUCGUUCACUAUUGUUUAAUAACAGUUUUAUUAUUUGGAUUA